GACGUGCUUUGCUUGGCUGGCCGCGGAGUCCGCCGAGACUCUUGGCGGCGGCUGAGGCGGCUGGGAGGGAAAUGGCUCGGACCGCGGCUGCUGCGGCGGCUCGGUUUGUGGUGGAGACAUAGGCUCGGGCAGCGUGAGGUCUUGCUAUUUUGGAAGCUUCAAGAAAAAAUAGAUUAGGGAAGGUUUGGUCUUUUAAAUGGACAUGGCUCAGAUAUCCAACAAUAAUGGAUUUAAGCAAUGUUCAUCACAUCUGGAACCAACAAGAACAAAAGAAGUGGACAAAGAAGAAGCAUUACAGAUGGAAGCAGAGGCUUUAGCAAAACUGCAAAAGGAUAGACGAGUGACUGAUAAUCAGAGAGGCUUUGAGUUGUCAAGCAACACCAGACAGAAAGCACAAGUUUAUAACAAACAGGAUUAUGAUCUCAUGGUGUUUCCUGAAUCGGAUACCCAAAAAAGAGCAGUAGAUAUUGAUGUAGAAAAGCUCACCCAAGCUGAACUUGAGAAACUACUGCUGGAUGACAGUUUCGAGACCAGGAAAACACCUGUCUUGCCAGUUACUCCUGUUCUGAGCCCUUCAUUUUCAACACAGGUCUAUCUUAGACCUACUCUUCAGAGAGGACAGUGGCCACCUGGAUUAUCUGGGCCUUCCACUUAUACUUUACCUUCUAUUUAUCAGUCAACUUAUAGCAGUAAACAGACUGCAUUCCAAAAUGGCUUCAAUCCAAGAAUGCCUACCUUUCCGUCCACAGAACCUAUAUAUUUAACUUUUCCAGGACAGUCUCCAUAUUUUUCAUACCCUUUGACACCUGCCACGCCCUUUCAUCCACAAGGAAGCUUACCUUUCUAUCAUCCAGUAGUCAGUCCUGACAUGGCAAAGCUGUUUGACAAAAUAGCUAGUACAUCAGAAUUUUUAAAAAAUGGAAAAGCGAGGACUGAUUUGGAGAUAACAAAUUCAAAAGCAACAGUCAGCAAUCUACAGAUAUCUCCAAAGUCUGAAGAUAUAAGUAAAUUCGACUGGUUAGACUUGGAUCCCCUAAGUAAACCUAAGGUGGACAAUGUGGAGGUAUUAGACCAUGAAGAAGAGAAAAAUAUUCCAGGUUUACUAGCAGAGGAUCCUUGGGAUGCUGUUCUUCUUGAAGAGCGAUCACCAGCAAGUUGUCACUUUGAAAGAAAGGUGAAUGGAAAAUCUUCUGGGGCAACAGUAACAAGAAGCCAGUCUUUAAAUAUUCGAACAACUCAGUUUACAAAAGUCCAGGGCCAGAUAUCUCAGAAAGACCCAAAUGGGACCAGUAGUUUGUCAACUGGAAGUUCUCUUCUACAAGAAAUUGAAGUACAGAAUGAGGAAGUGGCAGCUUUUUGUCAGUCCAUUACAAAAUUGAAGACCAACUUUCCAUAUACUAAUCACUGCACAAAUCCAGGCUAUUUGUUAAGUCCAGUUACAGUACAAAGAAACAUAUGUGGAGAAAAUGCUAGCGUGAAGGUCUCCAUUGAAAUUGAAGGAUUUCAAUUGCCAGUUACUUUUACAUGUGAUGUGAGUUCUACUGUAGAAAUCAUUAUAAUGCAAGCCCUUUGCUGGGUACAUGAUGACUUGAAUCAAGUAGAUGUUGGCAGCUAUGUUCUGAAAGUUUGUGGUCAAGAGGAAGUGCUGCAGAAUAACCAUUGCCUUGGAAGUCAUGAAUAUAUUCAAAACUGCCGAAAAUGGGACACAGAGAUUAAACUACAACUUUUGACCUUCAGCGCAAUGUGCCAAAAUCUGGCCCGAACAGCAGAAGAUGAUAAAACACCUGUGGAUUUAAACAAACACUUGCAUCAAAUGGAAAAACCUUAUAAAGAAGUCUUGACAAGAUACCCUGUUGACGAACUUUUAGAUUCUUAUCACAACCAAGUGGAACUGGCUCUUCAAAUUGAAAACCAGCACCGAGCGGUAGAUCAAGUAAUUAAAGCUGUAAGAAAAAUCUGUAGCGCUUUAGAUGGUGUAGAGACUCUUGCCAUUACAGAAUCAGUAAAGAAGCUAAAGAGAGCAGUUAAUCUUCCGAGGAGUAAAAGUGCUGAUGUGACUUCACUGUCUGGAGAAGGAGAUAUUAGUAAGAGUUCAUCUAGGGGAUCUCUAAAUCCUGAAAAUCCUGUUCAAGUAAGCAUGGACCAGUUAACUGCAGCAAUUUAUGAUCUUCUCAGACUCCAUGCAAAUUGUGGUAGGAGUCCUGCAAACUGUGCCCAAAGUAAUAGGAACAUCAAGGAAGCGUGGACAACAACAGAACAGCUUCAGUUUACAAUUUUUGCUGCACAUGGAAUUUCAAGUAAUUGGGUAUCAAAUUAUGAAAAAUACUACUUGAUAUGUUCCCUGUCUCACAAUGGAAAGGAUCUUUUUAAACCUAUUCAAUCAAAGAAGGUUGGCACUUAUAAGAAUUUCUUCUAUCUUAUUAAAUGGGAUGAACUAAUCAUUUUUCCCAUCCAGAUAUCACAAUUGCCAUUAGAAUCACUUCUUCACCUUACUCUUUUUGGAAUUUUAAAUCAGAGCAGUGGAAGUUCCCCUGAUUCUAAUAAGCAGAGAAAGGGGCCAGAAGCUUUGGGCAAAGUUUCUUUACCUCUUUUUGACUUUAAACGACUUUCUAAAGAAGAUAAAGCCUUUUUGUGGGAGAAACGCUAUUAUUGCCUCAAACACCCAAAUUGUCUUCCUAAAGUACUAGCAAGUGCCCCAAACUGGAAAUGGGUUAAUCUUGCCAAAACUUACUCACUGCUUCAGCAGUGGCCUCCAUUGCACCCACUGACCGCGUUGGAACUACUUGACUCAAAAUUUGCUGAUCAGGAAGUAAGGUCCGUAGCUGUGACCUGGAUUGAGGCUAUAAGUGAUGAUGAACUAACUGAUCUUCUUCCACAGUUUGUACAGGCUUUGAAAUACGAAAUUCACUUGAACAGUUCAUUAGUGCGCUUCCUUCUGUCCAGGGCAUUGGGAAAUAUACAUAUAGCUCACAAUUUAUAUUGGCUCCUCAAGGAUGCCCUGCAUGAUGCACAGUUUGGUGCCCGAUACGAACAUGUUUUGGGUGCUCUCCUCUCAGUAGGAGGAAAAGGACUCAGAGAAGAACUUUUGAAGCAGACAAAACUUGUACAACUUUUAGGAGGAGUGGCAGAAAAAGUAAGGCAGGCUAGUGGAUCAGCCAGACAGGUUGUCCUUCAAAGGAGUAUGGAACGAGUACAGUCCUUUUUUCUAAGAAAUAAAUGCCGUCUUCCUCUCAAUCCAAGUCUUGUUGCAAAAGAAUUAAAUAUUAAGUCAUGUUCCUUCUUCAGUUCUAAUGCUGUGCCCCUAAAAGUGACAAUGGUAAAUGCUGAUCCAAUGGGGGAAGAAAUUAACGUCAUGUUUAAGGUUGGUGAAGAUCUUCGGCAAGAUAUGUUAGCUUUACAGAUGAUAAAAAUUAUGGACAAGAUCUGGCUUAAAGAAGGACUAGAUCUGAGGAUGGUAAUUUUCAAAUGCCUGUCAACUGGUAGAGAUCGAGGUAUGGUGGAGCUAGUUCCUGCUUCAGAUACCCUCAGGAAAAUCCAAGUGGAAUAUGGUGUGACCGGAUCCUUUAAAGAUAAACCACUUGCAGAGUGGUUGAGGAAAUACAAUCCUUCUGAAGAGGAAUAUGAAAAGGCUUCUGAAAAUUUUAUAUAUUCUUGUGCUGGAUGCUGUGUAGCCACCUAUGUUCUAGGCAUCUGUGAUCGACACAAUGAUAAUAUAAUGCUUCGAAGCACAGGACACAUGUUUCACAUUGACUUUGGAAAGUUUUUGGGCCAUGCACAGAUGUUUGGUAGCUUCAAAAGGGAUCGGGCUCCUUUUGUGCUGACCUCUGAUAUGGCAUAUGUCAUUAAUGGGGGUGAAAAGCCUACCAUUCGUUUCCAGUUGUUUGUGGACCUCUGCUGUCAGGCCUACAACUUAAUAAGAAAGCAGACAAACCUCUUUCUUAACCUCCUUUCACUGAUGAUUCCUUCAGGGUUACCAGAACUUACAAGUAUUCAAGACUUGAAAUAUGUUAGAGAUGCACUUCAACCGCAAACUACAGAUGCAGAAGCUACAAUUUUCUUUACUAGAUCUUCCUGGCAAAUACGUUCUAAAAGUCUGAUUUAUGUAGUCCGAAUUUUGAGGGAAGGACAGUUAGAGCCAUCAUUUGUGUUCCGGACUUUUGAUGAAUUUCAGGAACUUCACAAUAAGCUCAGUAUUAUUUUCCCACUUUGGAAGUUACCAGGCUUUCCUAAUAGGAUGGUUCUAGGAAGAACACACAUAAAAGAUGUAGCAGCCAAAAGGAAAAUUGAGUUAAACAGUUAUUUACAGAGUUUGAUGAGUGCUUCAACAGAUGUAGCAGAGUGUGAUCUUGUUUGUACUUUUUUCCACCCUUUACUUCGUGAUGAAAAAGCUGAAGGAAUAGCUAGGUCUGCAGUAAAGCCAAUCAAUAGCAAUCCAGUGAUGAUUUAUCAAAAUGUUGUGGAAUUAAACCUGCCGUCAUUGACCCUUGUGUACAGUGGAUAUAGCAAGGAAACUCUAAGACAGAGAGAACUUCAACUCAGUGUCCUCAGUGCAGAGUCUCUGCGGGAGAAUUUUUUCCUGGGUGGAGUGACCCUGCCUUUAAAAGAUUUCAACUUGAGCAAAGAGACAGUUAAGUGGUAUCAGCUGACUGCAGCAACCUAUUUGUAAGCUGGUGAAUUUCUGAGCUUUGAAAGCAAGGACAGUUAUAAACAUGUAUACACACAUACACACUUCGGAACUUUGUAUAAUAUUUUUAUACUUGGACAGAAAUUAUAAAGUAAAUGUACUUAAUGCAUUUCAAUACAUCUGUUGGACCAACAGUCACAUAAUUAACUUUUAUGAACUUGUUGAAGCCAUUGCUGUUUUAAAGUCAUAUAGAAUGCUAUAAACCCUAAACUUAAUAUAUAAUAAGUCCUGAAAAAGACUUUGAGUUGGUGAAGGAUUUAAUCCUUUCUUGAGUAAUUCAGAAUAAUAGCUUUAGUUUGGUCUGAUAGUACAAUGUCAAUUCAGCCAUCUAUUUUGCAUUGUUUCUUACACAGACACAGCAUGUUUUCCUGUUUUGCACCUUUUAUAGCCUUUACCACAGUGUGUGUUCACAAACACCAAAGGAAAGGAAAGGUGCAGGAUGUUACCAGAAAAUAACAGCUGCUAUUCACAGGGCCGAGAGCAAAGCACAAAUAAUAGUUAUGUUCAGAACUACUACGUAGUUUAUAGAAGUAGGGGAAAAUAAUACUGCUUUUUAUCACCCAUGUCUUUAAAACCUUUUCAGAAUAAGUGCCAAUCACUGAAGUUGUAAAUACUGGUGCCUUAACUUCAUAUGCUUCCCUGGCACUUCAUUCUGAUUUUUUCCUGACUUGAUAAAUAAUUAGUAAGGAGUUUUCACUCACUUUCAACUUACUAAAGAAUUAUGUACAUUUACUAAUGUUUUUCCCACAGAAAUAUGAUUUUUUUUCUACUUCUCAUGUGACUUAGACAUUUAUGUUUUUGUUGCCCCAUAAUUGAAUGAGAUUCAUCGAUGUAACUCUAUACUAAAUGCCAUCAUUCCAUUAUAAUCCUACAUUUACUCCCAGGAGUGUGAAUUAAACUUCAGUAAUCCACCUCCAUGUAUCUAUACUCCACUUACUCAUUAAGCAAGUGAAAAUUGUUCACUCAUGUACCCAUUCCUGUUUGGUAGAACUCCAUGAAUAGGGCAGACUCUUCACAGGAGGCCCAGGACAAGAAUUCUAGGGUCCAGACUGAAUAUUAAUGUAGACUUUUAUAGCAAAGUUGGUCUUGUAAGGUGUCUUACUUAUAUUUGUAAACAUUAUACAUUCACAUGAAUUACUUUCCUUAAUACAGCGGGAUUCAGAAUCAUAAGGGACAUGAUUGAAAUUAUUCUGCAGUAACCAUUAAGGAUAAAAUUCAUUUUUAUUAUUCAUUCAACUGCACACAUAAUUUUGUGUUUAGUUGAAUAAAUAUGUUGAUAUAUUAAUUCUCAUGGCUAGAAUGGAAUUUCAGACACUUUUUAAAUGGUAAUAGAGAUUGUAGUAAUCUAGUUGCUGUGAGAGAACUGACAAAAUAUGCAAAGAAUACCAAUAAAGGACAAUCUCCAAUUCAGUCGCCCGUAACAUAAUUUUUAUGAACUGUGCAGAUGUUCAAUGUAAAUGGGAAACCUGUAGAGCAGAAAUAGAACAGUUGAGGAUGUAUCAGUGAGAUAGGUUUAGAAAAAAAAAAAACCACUUGAAAUUUUUGGUGCCUAACACUAAUGGUCCAUUUGUAGGAAAGCCCGUUAGUAUGAUAUAUGAAUGUCUUUUUUUUUUUUUAAUGUUCAAAUGUAUAUUUAAUAAUUUAAUUAAAAUGCAAAUCAAAGCACCACCAUUUAUUUACUUUUUCCACAUCCAGUUAACAUUUCCUUAAAGUGUGUAAGUACUUUUGCAGAUAUAAAGAAGUGUUAGAUAUUUUCACUUAAGCUUUUGAGACCUAAUUCCAUUCCAUGAAUUGUCACUUAGCCACUGUAAAAAAAAAAAAACAAAAACAAAAAAACCCCAAACCUGUCUUGGUAAAAGGUCAUUGUUAAUGGGAUGCAGUAUGUACUGCCUAUUUGCAGUCUGUUACAGCAGUGUCUUUUAGCACAAAUAACAGAACUAGAAAAUGGGAUGUCACUUUUCAAUUACAAGAAAUCUGGAUUUCUUAUCUAAAAAUGUAUAUUAUGAUUAAUACUGUACAGUUAACCAGAGUUCAGGACAAGUGGUAAUGUUUUUCUUAAUUUAACUCAUUUUGUGCCUUCUUUGGUCAUUAAAAAUAUACACAUAUUUUGCAUAUAUUUUAAUAUAAGUUAUUUCUUUGUAAAACGCUAAUCUUCAGCCCUUACCAAAAAAAAAAAAAAAAAAGGACAGAGGCGCCUCUUUGCACUACUACUUUAAGUAGAUUUUAAGUCAGUUUUUUUUAAACAUUUUUUUAAAAGCUUGCAAUAAAGUACAUCUGAAGCAAAGGUUUAAACAAACUGGCCAAGACACUAAUUUUUAUGUAUAAUCACAAUGUUUUAUACCUGUCUUUACCGAAUAAAAAUAAUUAUGCUACAUAUAAGUCCUGCACCAGAAUUCUUUCUUCUUGCAGUGUUUUGGGAUUUGAAAAUAAUUGUCUACUCCAAGAACCUAUUAUUUUCUCUACUGAGGAACCCAAUGUAGAACUUGCACUGACAUUUUUAUUACUGCCUUUAUAAAAAACUAUAGGUAGCUAACUGUUAAGGCAUGUAUGAUCUUUGAUAAAGUAUUCUUUUAUCUUUUCAAAUUAAAGUUGUAUAAAAGUUUCAAUAUCUUGCCUUAAAUUGGUUGACUGUUCUUUCUAGGAUUCAAGUAUUGUGGCAUUUUAAAAAAAUAUAUUCAAUUUUGAUACUUUAAGAGACUUCAGAUCCGAAAGGACUAAAAGCCCCACUACCAUAAUCCAUGGAUUUAUUUACAUGCUGUUUGAUUAGCAGUGCAAAUAUGAAUGAAUAUGGCAAAUAGUCUCAUCUAUAAGAACCAAAUACUUUAAUUAUAUUAAGAUAGUGAGUAAAGAUGUAUAAUAUUUUUAUUAAUACCUUGAAUAUAUUCAGUGGAUUGAAUGUGACUCAUAACUGUACUAUGAUUGUAUUAAACUAUUUCUGGAAUAAAGGAACUCUGCUAUCA